AUGGAGGAUGAAGCAGACUCGGACUGUGAGGAGUCUAGCCUAUGUGAAGAUAUGGUCGCGAUAUCUCUGUCAAAAGAAGAAAAGGUCAGAAUCUGUGAGCCUUGGGGAAAUGCUAUCAUUGUCAAAACGUUUGGGUGGAAAGUGGGUUUUCUUUUCCUGUCAACCAAACUGCGGACUAUGUGGAUGCCUUCUGGUAGAAUGGAUGUCAUUGAUUUAGGUAAUGAUUUUUUUCUUAUCAAGUUUGAGCUACAAACGGACCUAGAAGUGGUUUUGAAAGGGGGCCCUUGGUUUGUUGGCCAACAGUUUCUUGCCAUUAGAAAAUGGGAGCCGGAGUUUAAGGCGGAAGAAGCUUCUCUUUCCUCUGUGGCUGUUUGGAUUAGGUUGCCUGGAUUACCUAUUGAGUUCUACGAACCCACCAUUCUCAAGAAAAUUGGUCGGGCCAUUGGACCUGUUCUACAUAUUGACUCUUAUAUAGCAAAUGGUGUUAAAGGCCGUUUUGCUAGACUCUGUGUUCAGGUUAAUAUUGAACAACCUCUCAUCAAUACUGUUAAAAUUGGUAAAAUGGUUCAGCUUGUCCAAUAUGAAGGGAUCAACAUGCUUUGCUUUGCUUGUGGCCGUUUAGGUCAUCGUAAGGAAAACUGUCCUGCAUUGAUUCGAAGCACUGUUGGGACUACCAAGAACUCCUCUCCGUAG